AUGACAUACAAAAAAGAAGAAACAGAAAGAAUAAAUAUAAAAAAAAAUAAAUCAGAUGAAAUUCUUAUAUAUGAAGAAGAUGACCUUUUUUCUAAUUCUACAUUUUCUGACAUUGAUAAUUCAUACAUUUUUUGGAAAAAUGAUAUAGAAGAAUGUGAAAUUUUUGAAUUAUGUAAUCAAUUCGAAAGUUCAGAAGAUGAAAUUAAAAAAAACGAUAUAAAAGAAAAUGUGUAUGAAUCUAAAUCGUAUUCUAGCAUUGAAAUAAAUACAUUACCAGUGGAAAUUAAUAACAUACUUGAAAACAAUAUGCUAACUGAAAAUGAAAAGUAA